GCCGGCCGCGUCCGCCAGCCUGCGCCGCUGCGCCUGCGUCGCUCGGCGGCGCGCUCCCGGUGGAGGCCGCGGGGCCGGGCCGCCGGCGGAGGUUUCCGUCCCCUCCCGCCGCCAUGGCAACGGCUGCAGGGAAGUGGAGCUGAGAUCCAGCGCAGAGGGAAAUCCAGUAUGAUGGCUCCAGAAAGGGGUUCCAAGGAGCACCUCAGCAGUGACACAGCUGCUGCCUCUGGCAAGCAUUACCUCUGUGGCUACUGUGCAGCCUUCACCAACAUCGCUGUCACCUUCCCCAUCCAGAAGGUGCUCUUCCGGCAGCAGCUCUACGGCCUGAGGACAAAGGAUGCAGUGCAGCAGCUGCAGAAGGACGGGAUCCGGAACCUCUACCGCGGUAUCCUGCCUCCCCUGAUGCAGAAGACCACUACGCUGGCCCUCAUGUUCGGCCUGUAUGAGGACUUCUCCUGCCUGCUGCACAGCCACACGAGCGCCCCUGAGCUGCUGACGCGCAGCAUGGCGGCGGUGCUGGCUGGGACCACCGAGGCCCUGCUGACGCCAUUCGAGCGGGUGCAGACCCUGCUGCAGGACUACAAGCACCACGACAAGUUCACAAACACUUACCAGGCUUUCAAGGUGCUGAAGGCCUACGGGUUGCGGGAGUACUACCGGGGAUUGGUGCCCAUCCUGCUCCGAAACGGGCCCAGCAAUGUGCUCUUCUUCGGCCUGCGGGGACCCAUCAAGCAGUGCCUGCCAGAGGCCACCUCCUACAGUGCUCACUUGGUGAAUGACUUCAUCUGCGGGGGGCUCUUGGGCGCCAUGCUGGGCUUCCUGUUCUUCCCGGUGAACGUCGUCAAGACUCGCAUGCAGGCGCAGAUUGGGGGCGAGUUCCAGUCCUUCUCCAAGGUGUUCCUGAAGAUCUGGCUGGAGCGUGACCGGAAGCUGAUCCACCUCUUCAGGGGAGCCCACCUGAACUACCACCGCUCCCUGCUGUCCUGGGGCAUCAUCAAUGCCACCUACGAGUUCCUGCUGAAGCUGCUGUGAGCACCGCUGCCUGCUGCAGCUCUGCUGCUUAUUGGGGAUUGGCACGUGCAGUGCCGCUGCGUGCCAGAGAGCAGUGCCUGGCACCGCCACAGGCAACUGGCCUUUGGUACCUGAGGGUGACUGGUGAUGCACCCAAACCUUGGUGCAAUUCAGAUGAACACUUAGAGGUAUUUAUUUCUGGCAGGUGAGUUUGCCCAUAUCAGAGCUACUAGGCAAGUACAAGGCUUAUAAACAGAGAAGACUUUUCUGGAUCCAGCAGCUGAUUCUGUAUCACUCCCAAAGUCUCCCAGUGCUCCAUGAUGGAAUGUGCUUCCCUGCCCACGUUGUAGAACACGAAAAUCAAGGAGGGGCUGAUGAAAAUCAGUUCCCUUGCCUCACUGUGGUGGGUUGAAGUUUGCCCCCCAGCAUUAACUUCUGCCAGACCAACUCAGUUAGAAGCAAAUGAAGCUGCAUUUACAAGCAAAAUCUACACUCUGCAAUGAAAUGCAAUGAAUAUGUGCAAAGUACACAGGAUUUACAAUAUUACACAGGUAUUUACAAUGAAUAGACAGCACAAGGAUGCCCCUGGCCAAGGACCAGGGGAAGCUACUAGCUUCUCCCUCCCUACCCCCUUUGCCCCCCUGUACAAAAGGGACAAGAGGAAGGAGCAGAGAAGCUAGACUUAGCCAAAGCCAGUCAAUAAGCAGGUUUUCUCUCCCGAGCAAAGCAAAACAGCCAGAGAUCAGAAGAGGAAAAAGGAAGAACUGUUAUGGUACAGCGCCUCUUAUCCCAGAUAUUUACCCAAUGAAUUUGUUUAGAAUAAUCUUUGGUUUUCCUUUUCACACCCAGUAGUGAUUUAUUUAUAUUUUUCUACUUUUCUGCUCAACAUCUGUAACUGAGUUUGAAAGGCAAAGCCUAAAGCCACCACACUCACAAACUUCAAAAUGGUGAUUUAAGAACUGCAUUUCCAAUGUGUUAGGGUCCUAAGUAAUCCUUACUGUUUAAAGCCAAAAGGAUGUAUCCAUAUGGGGAUGACUGAAGUUUAGAACUUCAAGCUUAAGCUAAGCCUAUACAGACUCUUCUGCCAGCUGCUCUGGUGCUGGCUGUGAUUGUUGCAUUCAUCAGUGUGAGGGUGGCCACCGAGUGCUCAGGAGCUGCAGUGUGAGCUGGCUGCAGCUCACCUGGGAUCUCCGAGUGUGCACUGUGUGCCUUCAUGUGAAAAGGGAAGAGCUGAAGCAAAUUUACUAAAGCUUUAAAGUGUCCUUCCUUGUUAAAAGCCCUUCUGCUUGUGAACAUGGAGAUUGUUCUGCCUUUAUUUUUUUUUAUUGCUGCUUUUUCUGUUGCUCUCAGCUGUGGGGUCAGGAAGAAAAUGGCCCUUAAAUAGUUCAGCUUCUGCAACUGCAAAGGUAGCUCACAAACACAGCUCUCCUGUGCUGAGGGAUCUUGUGUUUUGCAAACACCUGUUUCAUUUUGGCUGUGGAAUCAUGGAUCACAGCGAGGUGUUUUCACCUGGGACUUGACAUUCUGCCUGCUCAAUGUGUGCUCCACAGUUCCAUCAGACAGGGCUGCACGGUGGCACUGACCAGGGGGUUUCUGGGUAUUGCCCACUUCAGUGGAAGUCUGUGAGGGUAGCAGAGACAAAGGUGACCUCAGAGGCAGUUGGGCAGGACAAAUGCAGCCUCUGAAGACAUGUUUAAGGACUUCUGUAGGUGAAUUUCAAAAAGCCUUACAGAAGUAGGAAUUGUUGUGUGUCCUGCAGAUCUGGGAGCUGAGAGAUGUGGGACUUGGGGAGAGGUGCAGAAGAGCAAGCAUCACCAUAAACUGGGAGAGGGUCUUCACAAAACAGCAUUUGCUUUCCUGGGGGACUUUGUUUUAUGAAACUAUAUAUGCAAAACAAAAUACUUUGACAAAUAUAAUGGGGCACAAAAGCUUCCAGACAGUGGUCUGAACUGGGUCUUUUCCCAUGUUCUGGAGGAGCUAUUACUGCUCUUGAGUUUUCCAUUUGCUAAACUCUCCUCAGAUACUCCGAUCAGUGUGUUACAAGCACAGUCCCUAGCUUCUCAUCCAAUACCAGCCAGGCACAAGUGAGCUUUCCUGUAUCUGAUUGUUGUGAUGAUCUGCAUUGAAAUAAAAUGUUUGCUUGUGUUUGUUAUUGGCAGAAUCUGAUUUUUACCAGUGAACUGUUUUUUUUGUAAUCACUCCUUGAUGGAAUAAAAACAGAAAUUGCA